GUCGAAGUAUCGUGGCUUUGAUGCCACGCCCCCUGCUCAGGGGUUGUAUGAUCCGCGCAAUGAGAAGGACAGCUGUGGAGUUGGAAUGGUAGCCGACAUCACAGGCGCGCCGUCUCGGACAAUUGUCGACGGAGCUCUGCAGGUGCUGGAGAACUUGGAUCACAGAGGCGCUCGUGGCUGCGAGAAGGACACUGGCGACGGUGCUGGCAUCUUGUGUGGUAUUCCCGAUCGAUUCAUGCGGCGUGUUGCGGCGGAAUUGUCAGUGGAGCUCCCUCCUCCUCGUGAGUAUGCAGUUGGCAACGUCUUUCUUGACCGCUGCGAAGAUGGAACUACGGAAGGCAAAAGGAUAUUUGAGCAGGUAUUGGCUUCAAUUGAUGGUCUCCGCAUGAUCACUUGGCGCCGGGUGCCGGUUGAAUCGGAGUGCCUGGGCAAGACUGCCAGAGAUCACGAGCCGACCAUCGAACAAGCCUUCAUUGCUGCAGAAGGCGCUUUGAAGAAGGACGUGAAGAAAUUCGAAGCAGCUCUUUUCGUCCUCCGGAAGCGUGCUGCCAACCUGGCUGCUCAACAGCCUGGGCUUCCUUUCUACGUGUGCUCGUUGUCUCCGAGAAUCAUCAACUACAAGGGCAUGCUCACAUGUCCAGGUCUCGUCAGAUAUUUCCUGGACCUGCAAGAGGAUGACUUCGAGUCUCACGUUGCGCUGGUUCAUAGCCGAUUCUCUACCAACACCUUCCCUGCGUGGAGACGCGCUCAUCCAUUCCGCCACAUCUGCCACAAUGGUGAAAUCAACACGCUCAAAGGAAAUGUGAACUUUGCGCGAGCGCGUGAAGGAUUGAUGAAAUCCGAGCUUCUGGGGCCUCAGCUGGAACAAUGCUUUCCUUUGAUGGAACUGGAUCAGACGGACAGUGGAAUUUUCGACAACUUCUUGGAAGUGCUGACAAUUUCAGGACGAACACUGCCGGAGGCUGUGGCCAUGAUGAUGCCACCUGCAUGGGAGAAUUUGGACUCCAUGGACUCGAAGCUUCGAGACUACUAUAAGUACCAAGCAGCCAUCAUGGAACCCUGGGAUGGGCCAGCACUCGUCUGCUUCACGGAUGGUGACGGUGUCGGAGCUUCGCUCGACAGAAAUGGUCUCCGGCCAUGCCGCUACUAUGUGACGAAAGACAACAAGCUAAUCGUCUCUUCGGAGUGUGGUGUGCUGAAGCAGCCUGCAGACAGCAUCGUUGCAAAGGGGCGCUUGUCACCAGGCAAGAUGCUCUGGGCAGACUUCGGCAAGCAUACCUUGACUCAGGACGGUGAGCUGAAGGCCCAGUUUGCUUCUGUCUUGCCUUGGGGGGAUUGGUUGAAGACCGAAGCAAUGACUAUGGAGACUUUGUUGAAUGCAGGCUCUUCGACGCUUCCAUCAGUUCCUCAAGAUCUGCGAGCGCCACUUCUCCGUGCUUUCGGCUACACACAGGAGUCCUUGGAGUUGCUGCUCCUUCCCAUGGGAAAGGAUGGGGAAGAAGCCCUGGGGAGUAUGGGCAACGACACGCCAUUGGCUUGCCUGUCUGAGCAGAAUCGUCCGGUCUUCGACUUCUUCUACCAGCUUUUCGCACAGGUGACCAACCCGCCUAUCGAUCCGAUUCGUGAGUCAGUCGUGAUGUCGCUAGGAUGCUGGGUCGGUCCCGAGACCAAUGUGCUGAGCUCACCCAGCCCUCAGCACUGCCAGCGGUUGUGGUUGGACAAGCCAUGCUUGCUUCCGGCUGAGAUGGCUGCCUUAUCCCGCACGACGGACCUCAAGGGUUGGAAGAUCAAGUCCUGCGACACCACUUUCCCUGUCACUGAAGGUGCAACUGGCAUGGAGCACCACCUGGCAAGGGUGUGCAAGGAAGCGACGGCGGCUGCCAAGAAUGGUUUUCAAAUCAUCGUGCUCUCAGACAGGUCUUUAUCUGAAAAGCAUGCCCCAAUGCCGUCGCUCCUGGUUAGCGGUGCCGUGCAUCAAGCACUUGUGUCGGAGAAGCUCCGCACCAAGGUCGCGCUUGUGCUUGAGAGUGGAGAGCCCUUCGAAGUGGCACAUCAUGCGCUAUUGCUGACUUUUGGCUGUGACGCUAUCUUCCCUUACAUGGCCUACGAAGCCUUGCAGCUUCUGGGAGACGAGGGGAAGUUCGGAGACAGCUGGUCAAAAGAAGAGAAGUUCGCGAAGUAUCAGAAAGCUGUUGGAAAGGGCCUGCUGAAAAUUAUGGCCAAGAUGGGCAUCUCCACACUGCGCAGCUACAAGGGUGCUCAGAUCGCGGAUGCCAUCGGUCUGAGCAAGGAAGUGGCCGAAAUGUGCUUCACUGGCAUUGCAAGUCAGCUGGGCGGCCUCGGCUUUGAGCAGAUUGCUUUGCGAACACUUUCUGUUCAUGAUCGUGGCUUCUCCCCGGACGGCGGCUAUACUGUGACUCGCCCAGUUGACUUCCGUUCUUAUUGA